AUGAAAAGCCUGUUGACAACAAUACUCCUCGUGGGGCUGGUGACAGGGAGGGGUCAAAUCACGGGGACAUGCAGUCGAGAUGUUGACACCCCCGGGAUCCUGACUGGUAGCAGACUCGUGGGGUCAGUGUACCUCUUGCUUCAGACCCCUAACCUACAGGACUGUGUCAAGUCAUGUUUGCAGCAGUUUCGCUGCGUCAGCUUCAACUACAAGGCGGGACAGUGCGAACUCAACUACGACGACGCGACAACGGCUCCUUCUGGACUGGAAGCAUCCUCUGGUUGGAACCAUGCCAGCGGGUUGCACUUUCCAUCGCGACUUGCCGGUAUUUGUAGUUCCAAGCCGUGUGGCGAGAACGAAAUGUGCAGAGACAAGGGCGGUAGCUAUGAAUGUGAACCAGAGGAGUUAUGCUACACGAGUUCGACGCCCUAUCUCGGAACCCUGAACAUUACCAACACUGGCCGGACAUGUCAGAGAUGGGACACGGACACCCCUCACACUAGGUAUUAUUUCCCCAGGGGAAUGUCAGCCGGGGACCCCGCCCUAGUUAACGAGAGUAACUACUGUAGAAUGCCGGGGCACUCAGUACCGUGGUGCUAUACGAUGGACCCCAGCGUUCGCUGGGAGGAUUGUAGCGUCCCUUCAUGCUGAAUAAGUGAGUGAAUCUGGUUUCGCACCAUGUUUAGCUAUAUAUCAAUACAAUGCGCUUGACACAUUGUAACCAAACGGACAAUCAAACCGGGGUCUUUGGUGAAACGUACGGACGCUUUUAAAACCGGAGUAGAUACAGCGAUAACUCAGUUGAUCAGGUGACAUAUUCUUAAUUUUUUAUGCAGAUUAGGCUAUGAGCGGUUGUUACAGCAGUACAGUUUGUGUAAUCACUGAUGACAUUCGUUCAUGUUUUUCACCUCAAGGGCAUGACACAUGACGUCAUAAUGUGUAGUGAGUGAGUGAGUUUAGUUUUACGACGCAC